CGCGGACCCGGCCGGCCGAGGCCCGCGCCCGCCGCGGCCCCGAAAGGCCGCGAGAGGCCCCGGCCGGGCGGCGGCGGCAGCGGCCAUGGCCGGGGGGCCAGGCCCGGGAGACCCCGCGGUCCCCGGCGCCCAGCACUUCUUGUACGAGGUGCCGCCCUGGGUCAUGUGCCGCUUCUACAAGGUGAUGGACGCCCUGGAGCCCGCCGACUGGUGCCAGUUCGCCGCCCUGAUCGUGCGCGACCAGACCGAGCUGAGGCUGUGCGAGCGCUCCGGGCAGCGCACGGCCAGCGUCCUGUGGCCGUGGAUCAACCGCAACGCCCGCGUGGCCGACCUCGUGCGCAUUCUCACGCACCUGCAGCUGCUCCGCGCGCGGGACAUCAUCACAGCAUGGCACCCUUCCGCCCCUUUUCUGCCCCCGAGCAGCACCACCCCCAGGCCCAACAGCAUCUCUGCACCCUUGGAGGCCAAGGCCCCCAGCCCCCGGAAGUUGCACUCGUCAGCCUCCACCCUCCUCUCCCCAGCUUUUCCAGGCUCCCAGACUCAUUCUGACCCUGAGCUCGGCCCUCACACAAGCCCUGCCGCCCUCCAGCCCCCAGCGCUAUCUGCAGCCCCUCUCUCUACCCAGCCAAGCCCAGAAAGCUCAGGGUCCCUCUUGCCGGGGGCCCCCUCUUCGUUCUGCUGGCCCCUCCACGAGAUCCGCCAGGGCACCCAGGACUUCUCAGACGCGCUGAAGAUCGGGGAGGGCGGCUUCGGGUGUGUGUACCGGGCGGUGAUGAGAAACACGGUGUACGCUGUGAAGAGGCUGAAGCAGGAGGCAGACCUGGAGUGGAGCACGGUGAAGCAGAGCUUCCGCACCGAAGUGGAGCAGUUGUCACGGUUUCGUCACCCCAACAUCGUGGACUUUGCUGGCUACUGUGCUCAGAGUGGCUGCUACUGCCUCGUCUACGGCUUCCUGCCCAACGUCCUGGAAGACCGCCUCCACGUCCAGGCCUGGCCCCCUCUCUCCUGGCCUCAGCGACUGGACAUCCUUGUGGGCACGGCCCGGGCGAUUCAGUUUUUACACCAGGACAGUCCCAGCCUCGUCCACGGAGAUGUCAAGAGUUCCAACGUCCUUCUGGAUGAGAGGCUGAUGCCCAAACUGGGAGACUUCGGCCUGGCCCGUCUCAGCCGUUUUGCUGGGGCCCAGCCCGGCCAGAGCAGCGCCGUGGCUCGGACACGGACCGUGCGUGGCACCCUGGCCUACCUGCCCGAGGACUACGUCAAGACCGGGAGGCUGGCUGUGGACACCGACACCUUCAGCUUCGGUGUGGUGCUGCUGGAGACCCUGGCUGGCCAGAGGGCUGUGAGCACGCACGGCGCCCAGACCAAGUACCUGAAAGACCUGGUUGAUGACGAAGCCGAGGAGGCCGGGGUGGUCCUGAGAAGCACCCAGUCCGCGCUCCAAGCCGGCCUGGCCGAAGACGCCUGGGCGGCCCCGAUCGCCACCCAGAUCUACAAGAAGCACGUGGACCCCAGGCCUGGGCCGUGCCCCCCGGAGCUGGGCCUGGCCCUGGGUCAGCUGGCCUGCUGCUGCCUGCACCGCCGGGCCAAGCGGAGGCCCCCCAUGACCCAGGUGUACAAGAGGCUGGAGACGCUGCAGGCGGCAGUCGCAGGGCCAUCCCCGGAGCCAGAGGCUGCCAGCCGCACCCCCUCUUCCCCGCAGGAGAACUCCUAUGUGUCCACCUCAGGAGCCCUGGCCCAGGCAACAGAGCGGCUUCAGAAAGGCACCAACCAGCCCGUGGAGAGCGACGAGAGUGUGUCCGGCCUGUCUGCUGCCCUGCGUUCCUGGCACCUGACCCCGAGCUGCCCCCCGGGCCCAGCCCAGCCAGGCAGCCUGGGCCCAGGGGCCGCCGUGUGGACACCAGCACCCCUCAGGCAGGCUGGCCGUACGCAAGGGGCUUCCACUGGACAGUCCGGCUGGGAGAGCGGCCCGGGGCCCCAGCCCACAGUUGUGGAAGGCUCCCUCCCGGGCGGCUCCGAGUCAUCCCCGCCCCCGCAGAUUGUCAUCAACCCAGCCCGACAGAAGAUGCUGCAGAAGCUGGCCCUGUACGAGGAUGGGGUUCUGGACAGCCUGCAGCUGCUGUCGUCAAGCUCCCUCCCAGGCCUGGGCCUGGAGCGGCAGAGCAGACGGGGGCCCGAAGAGAGUGAUGAAUUUCAGAGCUGAUCCCUUCACCGGGGCAGGUCCUCAACCCGGAAACCAAAGUUCUCAUGGUCAGAAGUUCUCAAGGCUCAUGCAGCCACGGCGGGGGCGGCGGGGGCUCCAGCCUCGUGCGGGAGUCCCGCUGGCGCCCUGCUGCUCUAGGGCUGUGGGCACAGGCAGGGCUCGGAGCCGCCUGGCCCGGCUGCUGCUGCUCGCGGUCAGCAGGGCAGGGCAGGGCAUCUCAGAGGGCGGGGAAGCCCGUGUGACUGCAGGGCAUGCGGAGCUGAGGAGCGUGUGACCGACGGCUGCUGGCGACACAGACCGGCAGGAGAGGGCAGUGGGGCCCUGGUCCCACGGGGCUGGUGGCGCACCAGCUCCCCUGAGAGGUGGGCAGGGUGUCCGUAGCCCAGGCCGACAGCAGCAGCCCUUCGCCCUUCUCGGGGACUUUGCCAGAACCCUGGGGGAGAGCAGCCCUCUGGUGGCAGAGCUCGGGAGGCUGCUUGUAAUCGGGCAGAAGGAGAGCGAGCUGUGGCUGCCCUAAGGUUCAGCCCACCGACUGGAAGUGGCAGUGGCGAGAUCCCCCCCCGCCAGGCCAGCGUCUGCGUGCCGCAGUCGGCACCCAACCAGGUCAGGCUCCGGAGGCCCCAGGCCCGGCCUCAGGCCGAGGCAUGGGCUGUGACAGAGGGGCCGCUACCCAAGGUUUGGCUAGGCCCAAGCUCUGUGUUACCUAGAGACGGCGAAGCCCCAAAAGGCAGCAGGUUGGGAGCAAGGCAGAGGGGAAGGAAAAAGAAAAUUCGACUCGCGUUUUUCAAGGCAGGUCAGGUUUCGUGUAACCGAGGGUCUUUGAAAGCAGCCCAGGGCUGUAGCCCGUGCGUACAAGAAUUUGGCGUUUGCAGUCCUGAGUCACACUACACGCCCCACGAAGCUAGGCAUUGGUGAAAUCCAGGUUGUUCUGGAGCAAUAAAAGCUUACGUUCAAGCUCUG